UACACUGACUCUUCUUACCGCGUACUUUAGCGUUUCCGCCAUUGUUUAAUAGCAGGUGCCCCUGCAUCAAUUUUUUAAUCCACUGCAUCGGCCGUCAUUUAAAGCAGCCAAAAUGACGGUGGGUAGGAGUUCGAAGAUGCUGCAGCACAUCAACUACAGGAUGCGAUGCACCCUGCAGGAUAGCCGCACAUUUAUUGGAACAUUCAAAGCAUUUGACAAACACAUGAAUCUCAUCCUCGGAGAUUGCGACGAGUUCAGGAAAGUAAAGCCAAAGAGCAGUAAAAGUGGUGAGAAGGAGGAGAAGAGGGUUCUAGGUCUGGUGUUACUGCGAGGGGAACACCUGGUCUCCAUGACUGUAGAGGGACCACCUCCAGCUGAGGAAGGUAUUGCUCGAGUGCCCCUCUCUGGUGCUGGACCAGGCGCUGGUAUUGGUCGGGCAGCAGGACGUGGAAUGGGUGGAGGACCUCACCAGGGUCUACAGGGUCCAGUCAGAGGCGUUGGCGGGCCUGGCUCACAGAUGAUGAACCCUAACCGCAGCACAAUGUCUGCACCACCACAAAUGAGAGGUCCCCCAGGGCGAGGGGGUCCACCACCAGGCAUGAUGGGUAUGCGAGGACCACCGAUGGGAGGACGAGGUGGGCCAGGUAUGAGAGGACCACCUCCUGGUAUGAUGAGGGGACCGCCCCCAGGAAUGAGAAGGUAGAAGAGACAAGCAGAUUGGGACGUAUAACACAUCCAUGUCUUUCAAUAUUGUUUGUCAUACAGAGACUGUGCAAGAACAAAGUUUGUGAAAAAUCUAGAUGUUAUGUAAGAUCUAACAGAAUCAUAGUGAACAGAGACAAAUGACAUUAUCUGAACACGGUCAUCGAGGAAGUUUGAUCAACUGACGAGUGUUAUCACAUUUUGGGAUCCAAUAUGUGAUCCACAAUCCAUUGAAAGGAUUAUUUCCUUUUACAUCUAUCAUUUGUAUUGUAAGAUAUUCUAGGUGACCAUUUCAUGUGAGAGAGUGAGGGGAAUUGUGUUGGAGAAUGAAAGCUGAUUGUGUGCGAGAGAGAUGUUGACCACUUUUUCAUUGACCAAUGCAGUGGUCGGUUUCAUUUUUUUAGAUGGAGAGAAAGUUUGCUGUUUCAUCAAUUGUGGUCAAGUGAAUAAAUGAAAGAAAUUAAA